AUGAUUAAAGAUAUCAAUCAUAUAUUAGAUUAAUAAAAUUAUCUAAUGACUCUUAAGUGUAUGUAUUAAAUCUCUAUAAGAGAUAAUAGUAAGACUAUCAAUAGAUUAGACAGAGCUAUUCGAAAAAAGUCGUUAUGA